AUGUCAAAUAAUGGUAACUCUAUAAUUGGGGUCUGUGUUGUUGAUUUCCAUCAUACCAGAGGUCCAGAGGUAGAAUACUGGUGUGGACUAGAGGAUAAGGUGGAUUCUAAACUAUUGUGGCCUAAUUUACCUUUCCAAGCCCUGCCUGAUGGGUCUCAUUCAUUUCAAGAGACUUUCACUUAUUUCACAUUGCUAUUUAAUACAAAGACAAAUUCUAGUCCCGAAAGUGCCGUUGCAUUAGGAUCUGAAGAAUCUUCUUCAAAGGAAUGUACUACUUUGUUUGCUAUCUCAUGUUCGCAACAACUGAAGAGCAAUGAAUUGAUCAACAAAGAUGAAGAUGUCGUAAGAUCUACCGUUCAGAAAGCGAUUGUUGUUAUUUCAUAUCAACCAAUUUAUGGGCAAAUUAAGGACAAGUUGAGUAUUGUCACAAAUGUAUUCUUUUCGCAGAAAAACUUUCACGAUAGAAAGAUUAUUGAUUCAUUAUUAGAUAAUUUGAAAUUGCUCUUUGAUUAUAACAACAACAAUGACAGCAACAAACAGGAAAUCAAAACUUCAUCAAACGGUACUAUUCUAAACAAGAAAGAGACUUCACUGUAUGUGGGCUUGAAUCUAAGAAAAAUAAUAUUAGAUUUUAAAUCAAAUAUUUUACUCAUUUUAAAAGCCAUUUUAUUAGAGAAAAAAAUAAUCUUUUAUGGUAAUAACGUUGAAAAUCUAUGUAAUUUACAAUUUGGGUUGAUUUCUUUAAUUCCAAAUUUAAUUUCACACUUACAGAAUUCAGGAAGUCCAUUAUUAUAUGAUGAUAAUAAAGAUAUAGCGAUCGUCGAUUCUUUCAAAUCGAGUGAUAGAGAUUCAGUAUUAAAAUUUUUAGGGUUCCCAUUGAAUGUUUUUGAAAAAGGUGGUUUAUUUUCACCAUAUACCCCAUUACAACAAUUGAAUGACAUUACAGAUCCAAGAACUAACUUCUUUGUUAUAGGUACCUCAAAUUCCUUGUUGUCAGAAAGAAAAAGUGAAUUGUGCCAAAUUUAUGUCGACACAAAUGAUAAUUCUAUCACGAUGGUUGAUAAAUCAUUACAGUCACUUUUACAACUAAGUAAUAAUGAUAAAAGAUGGAUGGAACAUCUAACAAGUGUGGUUACAGAAACAAAAAAUGAAAAUGAUGAAGAAGCUACUAAAAAUUUACAGUUUCAAGGUAGCGAAGAUUUUAUAAGAUGGCAAUUUGAAGAGUAUUUGAUUGGAUUAUUAUCAAGUGUUAAACUAUCUGAAUUCAUAAAAUUAAAUAAGAACAACGAAAGACAACUAUCAUCGUUAAAUUCAGAACUUAUUAGCUCCAAUCCAAUCAGUUUAUUUAACAUUAGUUGGGUUAACGAAUGGAAAAAGACACAAAAUUAUGAAAUCUUUUUUAGUUCAACUGAUGACAGAAUAUUUGAUUUAUUCCAACCAAAACACAUUUACAAUGGCCCAGACCCAUUUAAAGCAUUUCAACAAAAAUUAUCAGCAACAUUCCAAAAUUUGAAAAAGCAUAAUAAUAGUAGUUCGAGUCUCCUAGAAUCGAAAUAUAGUAAAACUGAACCCAAUAAUGAAAUCACCAAUGUCUCUGAGAAAGAAAAUGACAAAAAAAGUGAUUCCUUAUCAAGAGUUUCUUCAAAAUCCACUCAAGACAGUAACAAACCCUUUAAAGAUCUACCAAACAGAUGGGCUGCAUUCAAAGAAUUAUUUAAUAAAAAGAAACAAAGCGAUAAUAGUUCCGACGAAUGUGGUGGUUCACAAGAAGACGCAGACGACCAAUCUAGCAGUUCGAGUUCAUCAUCCAGUUCAACAAUGAGCUCCAGCGAAUCAUCUGACACAGGAAAUGAUAGUAACAUAGUACCUAUUGGAUUAGGUAUACGAAACGAAAACGAAGAGGAAAUAAAACCAGAGGACAUCAGAGAAUCUAUGAAUAAAUUAAAGUUAGAAAAUGAUAAACAUGCUAUAUAUUCAACAGAAGCAUCUGAUGUCAACAGUGAGAACGAAGAGGACAAUGAGGACGACAAACAGAUCGAAGUAGAGGACAAUGAAGACGAAGAAGAAAACAACGAUAAUGAAGUGGAUGUAAAAUCGUCUAAUGAAAAAACUGAUAUCUCAAAAGAAAAUAUUGAAGAUGAAGAUUCAUUAGAAGCUGCAACCGAAUCGCAUGACAAAGAGAUUAAAUUAAACAGAGAACCCUCGAAAUUAAUAAACUCAGAUGCUGAGAAUCAAAGUGACAUACUUAUCAUGACAGAUGAUGAAUUAAAAGAUGAGGAACAUUAG